UUUUGUCUUUAUCAGAAUAAGACCUUGCCCAUAGAGGACACCACAGACUGCCUGAGCACCAUGGCCUGCGUGUGUCGCGUCAUGCUGGAGACUCCGGAGUACCGCUGUCGGUUCACCAACACAGACACCAUGCUGUUCUGCAUGAGGGUGAUGGUGGGCGUCAUCAUCCUGUAUGACCACGUUCACCCCGUCGGGGCUUUCGCCAAGACCUCCAAAAUUGAUAUGAAGGGCUGCAUCAAGGUGCUGAAAGAGCAACCGUCUAACAGUGUGGAGGGACUCCUGAAUGCACUUAGAUACACGACACGGCAUCUACACGAUGACAGCACCUCCAAACAAAUCAGGGCCCUCCUGCAAUGAAACAAAGAAGAAAAAGAAGCGACCAGGAGAGGAGGAGGAGGGGAAACGAAGGAGCGCACUUGAAGGAGGAGGAAACAAACGCUGAUAAACCUGUUUGUUUACAACGAACAAAGAGAAAAAUCAUCUCCGGGGUUAAGUGCGACCUGAUGACAAUAAGAAGAGGAAAAUAAUUAUAUAUAUUGUCAGCUGUCCAUCAUUCUGUCUCUCAUUUUGUAAAGUAAGAAAAGAAGAAAAAAAAAAAGAAGCCAGAAAAGAAGAUAUAGAUAUAUAUUAAGAAAAGUGAAACACUGAGCAGCAGGUGAAGAAUAGGUAGGAUUAAAAAGGAAGCUAUAUUGGAAGAUUUAAGGUCAGAACCAACUGAAAGUGUACGAAACAAAAAAAGGAAGAAAAAAAAAAGAGGGUUAAUGUUCCAGAAGUAGUCUGACGAGUAUUUUUGCACACACUUUGAAAACAUCUCCUUCCCCAAUGAAAUCUGAUCCCAAACUGGUUCCCAUUGCUUGAACUGGAGGGGCUCUCCUUCAGCUGCACUGGUCUCCACCGACGGGUGAAUCGUAAAGCAAUGUGAUGGAUACACUCCGGAGAUUUGCUUUUACCCGUUUCACUUUCUUUCUGGUGCAGCUGGAGGAAAGCAGGCAGGCGGAGACGGGACGCCUCUGUUUUCGCCCCGAUUUCUUCCUCAUCAUCCAUCUAUCAAGUAUAUGCUUUUUUUCCCUUUAAAUUUCUCCUCAUCACCAACAAAAAUGUAAAAAAAUAAAUAAAUAAAUAAAGAUCCGCCCGUGUCGUGUGCCCCGAUGCCGUUUAUGUUCCUGCACACAAAAACCAUCUUGCCAGUUGUCUGGCUUUACUUGAACUACGUCCUUCACUCUCUCCAUGGUGCUAAUGUGGUUUAUCGCAGCUUCUUAUCUGAUAUCGUUUGGCUGUGAUGUGGGACAUACAGUGAUUUUGUCAUCCUCUUCUUUUGUGCACAAGUUAGCCACGAUGGCGAGUCAGCCUUCAGCAUCUCGGUGCGUAAAAAAAGGGGGUCAAACCUGAGAGGGCAUUUUUGGGGAAACCGCAGCACACUUUUACUUCUUCACCCAGUGCCAAAGCUUAUUCUGUUAUUACAUCGCACGUGAGUCAGGCUCGAGGGUUUGAUGGCAUUAUUAUAUCACUCAUCUUUCUUUUCUUUUUGUAAAAGAGGAUUAAAAAGCCGAGACACACGUGAAAAACAAGUGGGAAGGUGGUCCGAUUUACAUACAUUUUAAGGGAGAUCCGAGUGUUCCGGUGUAAAUACGUGAAGCUUUUCACAGUGGGCAUCCACACGUUCCCCGUCGGGGAAUAUGAAAAAAACCACCAUCACAAACUCACACAUGAAAACUCGAGUGCUUUCUUUUAGCACGAGGUUUAAAAAGUCCAUCAAUAAGUGGGAAAUAAAAAUGAAACUAAAAAUGAUCCAAAAGGAGAUUCAAAAGAAGUGCUGUACUUUGGAUGUCUAGAGCCCUUAGUCUUAUUUAAUUUGAUCUUAUAAUAUAUUUUCUAUACAGGGGUAUGUGCGCAAGCAUAUUCUGUAUAAAUACAUAGAUGGCAUGUUGCAAAAGUUCUGACAGAAAUGUGUAAAUAAGGUGUUUUUAUUCAUUUUUAAUCGUUCAGUGACGCUGAAAUUGGGUAUGUGUUGUCUCUCAGAAUUACCAUGCGUUUGGCUUGGACCAUCGGACUUGCCGUAGUCAUAGGUUUCAGAAAUUCAGCUUCAUUAAUGGCGAAUGAACCGGAGGGAGGGGAGGGACGCUAA